AUGAUCAAACAGGCACCGCCGUCUCAGCCACCGCCAACCAUAGCUCAUCACCCACCCUCGCAAGCGCUUGGUGCAAAACAACCUGAUAUGUUUGUUAAAAUGAUCGAAGGGAACGCCAUACGAGUCGUAGUCGGAGAACAUCAAAACCGCCGAAGCUUCGUCCUUCCCAUUGCACUCCUCUGCCACUAUUCGAACUACUUCCGCCAGCAAGUUUCUCAGUUGCGCUUGGCUGCCUUGUCCCCAACUAGUACCAACAAGAAACGAAAGCUCUCGGAGACUGCUCGUCAAGACAACUCAACCGAAAGUAUGACGGAACCCGAAGAGACUGACACGGCGAUCAAGAUCGAGCCAGACACCGACGAGGAAGAUGUAAAAGAGAAAGUGAAGAAACCAGACUGGGUCAUCCGACUCCCUGAGGUCGAUCCAGCUAUCUUCUGCCUCUUCCUCCACUAUAUGUACAAGGACGCAUAUCCGGCCUCAGCCGACGUCAACACUUCUCAGGGAAUGGUCCAGCAGUACGCACCUGCACCAACCCCUUUGAAUGUAGUCUCGAUGGCUCACCACCCAAAGCCUAGCCAACCUUCCGUUGCUACUAACAAAAGUCAAACCGCAUCUACAUCCAAUGAAAUCUCAUCCUCCUCCAGUGCUCUCAGCAUACCACCCACAGCGCACCCCGACUCCACCACCAAGCCCAGCCCUCCAAGCAUGAAACCGGCACCGGCACCCACAUCCGCAGUACACAGAAUAAUUCCAGCCACCACUGCCACCUUCAUGCCCCUGACCCCUCAACCCGCGCACCACUACCCCAUUCCCCCAAGCUUCCAUGCUUGCCACCUCUCGCAAACCCUCGACUCCCCCUCCUUCACUCAUUACACCCUCGCCCGCAUCCGCUGGUCCCUCGGCCACCACUUCCCGCUCACCCCGUCCCUCGCAAAAUUUACCUGGUCCCAUUUUCCGGCUCAAUCCUCAUUACGCGUUCUCGUUUUGCAUUUCCUGGUUACGCACUGGGCGCAUCCGGAUCCCCGCCAGUAUAGCAAGAGUAUCCUGAGGGAUGAAGCUGGGUGGGAUCGAUUGUUUGACGAGGAGAGGGAGUUGAGGAAUGAGUUUAUUUCGGGGAUGCAGGGGCGAGGGAUUGCAGGGGGUGCUUGGACGGGUGUUUGA